GAAAGUCUCCGGAGCCAGAAAGACUUUCAGUUCUGUUGCUAACGAGCUGCCCACAGGAGGAGGAGUGCGGGCGGAUUAUAAAGUGCGGCGGCGCCUCUCCAACAACAACAACCGAACUAUGAUCUAAGAAACGCGGUUUGAUUACUGCGCCGAAAGUAUCGGGACGGUGAGCCUCGGCAGCGGCGGCUAGCUGGUUAGCAGGAAAAAUGGAGCUGGACGACGCGGUCCUGUAUCAGGACGAGUCCGGGAACUCGGCCGUGAUGUCCGAGCGGGUCUCCGGUCUGGCCAGCUCCAUCUACCGCGAGUUCGAGCGGCUGAUCGAGAAGUACGACGAGGACGUGGUGAAGGAGCUGAUGCCGCUGGUCGUGGCUGUACUGGAGAACCUGGACUCGGUGUUCGCGGUCAACCAGGAGCACGAAGUGGAGCUGGAGCUGCUGAAGGAGGACAACGAGCAGCUGGUCACCCAGUACGAGCGGGAGAAGGCGCUGCGGAGGACCGCCGAGGAGCGGUACAUUGCCUUUGAGGACUCUCAGGAGGGGGAGAAGACGGAUCUGCAGCGCCAAGUGGUGACGCUGGAGUUGCACUCACGUCAGCUCGAACUGAAAAUGCGGAACUAUGCAGACCACAUCAGCAGGUUGGAGGAGAGAGAAGCAGAGCUCAAAAAGGAGUUUAAUGUCCUUCACCAGAGACACACUGAGAUGAUCCACAGCUACAUGGAACACUUGGAGAGAACUAAACACCAGCACGCGCAGACAGGAGAACCUUCAGAUGCCAGUACGUGUUCAUCUGCCAGAGCGCGGAAGGAGCGUCCUGUCUCCAUGGGCCUGUUCCCUCUUCCAGGGACUGAUGGUUUGACCCCCGUCCUCCACACGGAACCCGUGGAAACCCUGUCUGAAUCGUGGCGGUUCAACAACUUAAGCCAUCCGCGGUCCAACACCAGCCUCAAGGAUGAACUGACCAGCUUAAACCACGGAAGCUCCAAGUCUGGCACUCCAAUCAACCAGAGAAAUGUCUCCAAAUGUGGACCUUCUGUAUCUGUACAAGGGGGAGUCUCCAAAUCCAACCCCUCAAUAUGCUCUCAGGGUGAAACCUUAAAGUCACACACCCCCAUUUCUACAUUGAGUAGUAACUUGCAGUCCACCACACCACUAACACCACAUGAUGGAACACUCACUGGCACGGACCCUCGUUCUAGCCUGGGAGGCGUGUCUGCCUCGGCCACGCCCCUCUCUACUGCAUCAUCAGAUGUUGCCAUGGGUUCUGUAGACACACCCGUCCAAUUUCAGGAAUUUUCAGAUGGGCUCAACAAGAACUUGGAUUGGAACAGCAGGAAGCCAGACAGCACGAAGAACAUCUCAGCAGUGCAGGAUCGGGGACAACUUGGACCUGGCGAGCAGGACUUUGGCACAUCUCCUUUAAAAGAUGGAACAGACAACUUGGAGAUGUCUGAGGUCCAGGCAAUCAUAGAGUCCACUCCCGAGCUGGACAUGGAACUCGGUGACUUCAGAGUAACAAGCACACCAACAAAAGACGGCAUAGAGAACCUCGCCUUUGACCGCAACACUGACUCUCUGUUUGAGGAGCUGUCGUCUGUUGGGAAUGACUUUAUCGGAGACGUGGACGAAGGAGCUGACCUGCUCGGUAUGGGGCGAGAAGUUGAACAUCUUAUCCAAGAGAAUACUCAGCUCCUAGAAACAAAAAAUGCCUUGAAUGUGGUGAAAAAUGACCUGAUUGCACAACUGGAUGAAUUGUCCUGUGAGAAGGAGGUGCUGCAGGGCGAACUGGAUGCUGUCACUCGGACUAAGACAAAACUGGAGCAAAAGAACAAAGAAUUAGAAGAAGACAUGAAGAGGCUGCGAGCAGAGCUGGAGGAGGUCAGACAAAAGGUCAAGAAUGAAAACAAAGAUGAUAGCGACGUGCCUACAGCACAGCGGAAACGUUUCACCAGAGUGGAGAUGGCUCGAGUCCUGAUGGAGAGGAACCAGUACAAGGAGCGUCUGAUGGAGCUGCAGGAAGCUGUCAGAUGGACAGAGAUGAUCCGGGCAUCAAGGGAAAACAUUGCUCUUCCAGAGAAGAAGAAGUCCACCCUCUGGCAGUUUUUCAGCCGUUUGUUCAGUUCGUCAGGUGGGGCGGCAAAGAAACCGGUGCCCGAGGCCCCCGUCAACGUCAAGUACAAUGCGCCCACCUCUCACAUUCAGCCGUCCGUCAAGAAGAGGAGCAGCACCCUGCAGCAGCUGCCCAGCGACAAGAGCAAAGCCUUUGAUUUCCUUAACGAAGAAGUGGCAGUGGAUAAUGUAGUGUCCAGGCGGGAACAGAAGAGGGCGCAGUACCAGCAGGUCAAAGCUCACGUUCAGAAGGAGGACGGCAGAUUGCAGGCUUACGGAUGGAGUCUGCCCAAGAAGUACAAAGUGGCCAACGGUGGUCUGACAGAGAGUAAGAUGAAGAGUGUGCCCGUACCUGUUUACCUCAGACCGCUGAAUGAGAAAGAUGCUUCCAUGAAGCUGUGGUGUGCCGCCGGUGUGAACCUCUCAGGGGGCAAAACUCGGGAUGGAGGUUCGAUCAUCGGAGCCAGCGUGUUCUACAACGACGUACCCGGACCUGAAAGUCCUCAAAGGAAAAUAGGAUCCCAGAGCAGCUUGGAUAAACUGGAUCAAGAACUGGAGGAGCAGCAGAAGGAGCUGCGGCAGCACGACGAGUUAUCGUCGCUGGUGUGGAUUUGCACCAGCGCCCAGGCCACCACCAAAGUUGUUGUCAUUGAUGCCAACCAGCCUGGAAACAUCCUGGAGAGCUUCUUCGUUUGUAACUCCCACGUCCUGAGCAUCGCCAGCGUACCCGGUGCGAGAGAAACGGACUACCCAGCCGGCGAGGAGGUACCUCAGGGCUCUGAUGCCGGGCCAAUUCGAGACAGCAGCUUGGUAUCACCAAAUGGCAGCUCAGGAGUUGGCGAGGACGUGCUCGGAGGCAUCACUGUGGUCGGCUGUGCAGCAGCCGCUGUCCCUCAAACGGAGGCUCGAGGAAAGUCAGGUGGAGAAUCUGAAUCUCGACCAGCAGAGGAAGCUACUGAGGCGACCGAGGCCAGUGCAGGGCCCGCCGACCAAAGAGAAGGAGUGAGGGGAGUCUAUACCGAACAUAUUUUCACUGAUCCUUUAGGAGCUCAACACACAGAGACUUCAGCUAACAGCACAGAGAGGGAGUCAGAUCUGGUGAAAGAUGGAGUCGGUUCAAACCUGAGCGCGGACGAGCAGGACCUGAUGAGGGAAGAAGCAGAGAAGAUGAGCAGCGUUCUGCCCACAAUGUGGCUGGGGGCACAGAACGGAUACGUGUACGUGCACUCUUCAGUGGAACAGUGGAAAAAGUGUCUCCAUUCCAUAAAGCUGAAGGACUCCGUGCUCGGUAUCGUACACGUGAAGGGACGCGUACUCGCCGGUCUUUCUGAUGGCACAUUAGCCAUUUUUCACCGAGGAGUAGAUGGACAAUGGGAUCUGACCAACUACCAUCUGUUAGACUUGGGGAGACCCCACCACUCCAUCCGCUGCAUGACCGUGGUUCACGAUAAAGUGUGGUGUGGCUACAGGAACAAGAUCUAUGUGGUGCAGCCCAAAGCCAUGAAGAUAGAGAAGUCGUUUGACGCCCACCCUCGUAAGGAGAGCCAGGUACGCCAGCUGGCGUGCGACGGCGACGGCAUCUGGGUGUCGAUCAGGCUGGAUUCCACCCUCAGGCUGUUCCACGCCCACACGCACCAGCACCUCCAGGACGUGGACAUCGAGCCCUACGUCAGCAAGAUGCUGGGCACAGGGAAGCUCGGCUUCUCGUUUGUGCGGAUCACUGCUCUCAUGGUGUCAUGCAGUCGUUUGUGGGUCGGCACCGGCAACGGAGUCAUCAUCUCCACCCCCCUGACAGAGUCUCCCAGUAAGGUAACCAAGGCGACCGGUAACCUUCCAGGAGGCGGAGUCUGUGUUUACGGAAAUGACGAUGGCGACAAAGUGACAGCUGGGACGUUUGUUCCGUACUGCUCCAUGGCUCACGCUCAGCUCUGUUUCCAUGGUCACCGUGACGCUGUCAAGUUCUUCAUCGCCGUCCCAGGUCUUCCAGUUUCAAGCGCAUCCUGUGUAGGGGAGGUGGCCAUCGAUAAGGCACCAGACGCCACAUGUCAGGAUGGACGGCGGACUGUGCUGGUCAUGAGUGGAGGAGAAGGCUACAUCGACUUCAGGAUGGGUGACGAGGACGGUGAGGCAGACGAAGGGGAGGAGCACACCAUGAAACUGCGACGGUUCCCGGCGAAAGCUGAGCAGAGCCACAUCAUCGUCUGGCAGGUGUCAGUCAGCGAGGACUGAACUUUGACCUCUGGUUUUGUCUUUCUUUCAACCGCCGAGGAGCGGCGGGGGAACUGUCAAGGAGCAGCGGGAGAACCGUUGAA